AAAAAUGUCAUAAGAAGAGCCUCUUCUUAAAAUUACAAAUUCCCGACCUCCAGGGUUUAUAUCUAAAGUUUUUUUUCUUUAUGUGUUUCCUUUACUCAGAAAAGCUAACAAAACUCCAUUGGAAUUUGAUAUGAUUGAAGACUUAAAUGUAGAUGAUUAAAGUGAAUCAUUGUUUAAAAGAAUGAAUUAAACAUUUUAACUUUAAAAAAAUAGUCGAUUUGCACUUUACAAAUCUCUUUUUAUAACAUUUAAAAGUAUUUUCGUAAUAGUAAACAUAGAACAAUUUGUUAUAGUUUUCAUCGUAGUAUUACUAUGGAAUGUUUCUUUAAUGUAUGGUCCUAUAAUGAUUCGUUAAACUCUCUCUUAUAUUGACUAUUCUGAACAUACCUUAGGUAAAAGUUUUGAAUGGUUGGGAAUAAUAAUGGCAGUGAGAUUUUUUAAUGCUUUGUCGUAUUAGAAUAGUUACUAUAUGUUGGUAAUUUAGAUAAUAUUAAAAUUUAGAGAAAAUUAUCAUGUGAUUAGCAUUCAGCAGUGAGUGUUUUUAUAAUGAAAAAAACCUUGAAUGUGUCUUUUUAAAGUAAUAAACAAUACAAAGCAGGAGAAAUAAUAAAUAUAAUGCAAGUAGAUUUAUAAAGAAUAUUGAAUUUAAAUAUUGCAGUAUCUUAGGUAAUAUUUCUACCAUUUUAAAUUGGGAUAUCCUUUUAUUUACUUUUUGAUUUUAUAGGGGUAUCAUGUUUAGCAGGUUUAGGUGUAAUGAUUUUAGGAUUGCUUGCUAAUUUUUUGCUUGGAAGAUGGGGUUGGAAACUCUAAAAAUAAGUUAUGGUUGCAAAAGAUAAAAGAACAAAAUAAGCACAUGAAAUAUUUUCAUAGAUUAAAUUUAUAAAAGCAAAUGCUUUUGAAGAAUAUUUCAAAAAUAAGUUAUUUGAAUUUAGAAAAAAGGAAAUUGAAUCGAUUAAUAAGAAGAAUAUUGUGACUGGUUUAUUUACAUUUGCAUUUUUAAUGACACCAUAAAUAACAUUAAAUAUUACUUUAGCUGUUUAUAUAUGGUUAUAACAUAAUUUAACACCUGCUGAAACAUUUUCUAUAAUUAGUUUAUUUAGUAUAUUGUAAUAAUCAGCUAUUGGUUUACCAAGAUUCAUUAAUUAAAUAAUAGAAGCAAAUAUAAGUAUUAAAAGAAUCUAAAAUUAUUUAUUAACAGAUGAGUUGAUGAAUGAUUGCAUAUAAAAUGUAAAUGAUAUUCUUGGAGAUUCAAUUGAUAUAGAAGGAACUUUCUAUUGGGACAAAGUUCGAAAUUAAGAAAAGCCAAACAAAUCUACUGAUGUUAUACCUGAGAAUUAAGUAAUUGAACCAAUAUUAAAAAAUAUAAAAUUAAAAAUAGACAUUGGAGAAUUUGUUACAAUAAUAGGAGAGUAAUAAAUAAUUAAUAUUAAAUAGUGUUGCAAGUGGUAAAAGUUCAUUAAUAAGUGCAAUAUUAGGAGAUAUGGUUUAUAAUGUUUCUAGAUGGCCACCAACAAUAAAGAUAAAUGGAAACAUUGCAUAUGUAAGUUAGAAAAGUUGGAUAUAAAACGCAACUUUGAAAGAUAAUAUAGUAUUUGGUCUUCCUUAUGAUGAAAAGAAAUAUUAGAAUGCUUUAAUAUAUUCUUGUCUUGAAUAAGAUAUAAAAAUUUUAGAUAAAGGGGAAGCCACUAUGAUAGGAGAAAAAGGAGUUAAUUUAAGUGGAGGAUAAAAGGCUAGAGUUAGUCUUGCCAGAGCAUUAUAUAGUGAUUCUGAUAUCUAUUUGUUAGAUGAUUUAAUAAGUGCAGUUGAUAUGCAUGUUGGUAAAUUUAUUAUAGAAAAAUGUUUAUGUGAAUAUUUAAAUGGUAAAACUAUUGUUUUAAUUACUCAUGCACUUUAUUCUUGUCAAUAUGCUGAUAGAAUAAUUUUAAUGGAUAAUGGAUAAAUUAUAAAGGAAGGCACAAUUGAAGAUAUAAAAUAAUGUGAAAAAUUUGAAUAAAUAUAUUAAAAAUAUUUCAAAGAACAUAAAAAUGAAGAGGAAGAUGAUUAAGAUGAAUAAUUAGAAAAUCUAAAAUUAUAAAAAAAAAAAAAAUCAUCUACUCAAUAAAUUGAUAAUACUAAAAAAGAUAUAGUAGAUGAUUUAAUGAUUUUAGAAGAUAGAAAAGUUGGAAGUGUUUAAAUGGAUGUAUUCAAAGAAUAUUUUCAUAUGAGUGGAGGUUAUCUAUUCUUUAGUUUUAAUUUAAUUAUUGUCAUAAUUUAAGUUGUUGCUAGAUUUGGAUCAUAAAUAUGGUUAGCUUAAUGGUCUGGAUAAUCCGACUUAACAUACGAUGAUAAUUAACAUAAUCUUAUGAUUUUUUCAUUCUUUUCUUUGAGUUUUGGCUUUUUUGCUUUAAUUCGCAUUUUAACUCUUUCUAGAGAAAGUAUUAAUAUUGCAAACAAAGUACAUUCUCGAAUGAUUGAGUAAUUAUUAUUAUAUUCUUUAUAGAUCAUUACUUUAUGCACCACUUUGUUAAUUUUUUGAAAGAAUUCCAUUAGGAGUAUUAAUGAAUCGAUUAACUAAAGAUUAAUCAGUUAUAGAUACUGAAAUUUUAUGGACGAUUUCAAUUUUGUAUAUUAGUUGUACAAAUUUUAUUGGUAUUUCAAUUAUUAAUUAUUACUAGCUAGCACACUUAUUAAUGUUAUAAGUAGUUCCUAUUAUAUUAUAUUUCCUGUUCUCUUAUUUUUAUAUGCUGUGUGGAAAGUUUAAAGAUUUUAUAUGGCAGCAAAUAGAGAACUAUAUAGAUUAGAAUCAAUUAGUAAAAGUCCAAUCCUUAGUUUUUUUUCAGAAACAGUUAAUGGAUUGAAUAUUAUAAGAGCUUUCAGAAAAUAAGAGUAAUUUUUAGAAAGACAUACUAAAAAUAUAGAUUUAAAUAGAAAAAUUCAAAUAGUUUAAUUGUAAACGACGACAUGGUUUUCAAUGAAUUUAACAUUUACAAGUUUUAUAGUAAAUAUCUCUGCUAUAGCAUUUGUAUUAUUUUUUGGAAGUGAUAAUCCUGCAUUAGCUGGUUUGUUAAUGACAGUAGCAACAGUAAUUGAUAAUAGUUUGUAAUCAGCAAUUAAUUCAAUAACAUAAGCUGAAACUUAAUUCAUAUCAUUUGAAAGAUGUCUAGCAUUUGCUAAAAUUGAACAUGAAAAUGGAUAUAAACAAAAAAAAGAUUAUGUCUUGAAUUGGCCUUAAGUUGGAGAUAUACAAAUAGAUUCAUUAGUUGUGAAGUAUAGAGAAAAUCUAUAACCAGCUUUAAAAGGUCUAAAUGUUGUAAUAAAAAGAUAAGAAAAGAUUGGAGUAGUUGGUAGAACUGGAGCUGGAAAAUCAACUGUCACUUUAUCUCUUCUAAGAAUUCUUGAAGCUACAGAUGGUUCUAUUAUAAUUGAUGGAGUUGAUAUAUCAACCUUAAAUUUAAAAUAACUAAGAGAAUCCAUCACAAUGAUUUUAUAAGAUUCAACUCUAUUUGAAGGAACUUUAAGAGAAAAUCUUGAUCCUCUUCAUUAACAUACAGAUUAAGAACUUAAUGAUGUAGCUUUAUAAUGUUGUUUGGGAGAUUUGUUAUUAUAAAAAAAUGGUUUAAAUACUGAAAUAUAAGAAAAUGGGGAUAACUUGAGUGCUGGUGAAAAAUAACUGAUUUCCAUAGCAAGGGCAGUUUUGAAAUAGUCUUAGAUAAUUUUAAUAGAUGAAGCAACUGCUAAUAUAGAUGUAGAUACAGAAUCAAAAAUCUAACAGACAAUUUAAACAGCUUUUAAAAAAUGCACAGUAAUAACGAUUGCUCACAGAAUUAAUACUAUAAUGCAUAGUGAUAAGUAUAAUAUAUUAUUAAUAAAAUAAGAAUAUUAGUGAUUGAUCAAGGAGAGGCGAAAGAAUUUGAUGAGCCUUAAAAUUUAUUAAAUGAUAAAAGUUCAAUUUUUUAUAGUUUGUAUUUACAAGGUAAAAAAAGUAAUAAGAUCUGAU